AUGAACCAAGACGGAGGGGGGUUAUUCUUUUUAUAUGGUCAUGGUGGAACCGGAAAAACAUUUAUGUGGAAAACAUUGUCUUCUCGCGUACGUUCUAAAGGUGAUAUAGUGAUAAAUGUUGCUUCAAGUGGUAGUCCUUUGGCAAAGUUGAUUGUUAAGGCGAAGUUGGUCAUUUGGGAUGAGGCACCAAUGAUGCAUAGAUACUGUUUUGAAGCUCUUGAUCGAACUCUUAGAGAUAUUCUAAGAUUGAAAGAUCCAUCAAAUUUAGAUCGACCAUUUGAGCUAACAAAGAAUAUGAGAUUGCAAGGAAGUCUAUCAAAGUGCGAUUUGGAUGAUUUAAAACGGUUUUCCGAUUGGAUUUUGGCAAUAGGUGAUGGAAAGAUUGGAUGUUCCAUUGAUGGCAUUGAGAAAAUAGAAAUACCCGAUGAUCUUCUCAUGCAUAAUUGUGAUGAUCCGGUAUCUGGAAUUGUAGAAAGUACAUAUUCUGAUUACUUGAUACAUUCCACUGAUAUAAAAUACCUUCAAGAAAGAGCAAUUCUUGCUCCGACUCUUGAGAUGGUGGAAUCGCUUAAAUGA